AUGCAGGCAAUUAACGCAAAGUCUAGCCUUGGAAAAGCGCCGAAAGCCUGCAAAUUCUGUAGAUCACGCAAGAAGAAGUGCGAUAAGGCGCUUCCCAGAUGCGGCCUCUGCGCCAGGAAAAAUCGUCCAUGCGAAUACUGGAAGCCGAAUCUAUCGACAACUAGUCACUCUACUAUCGCUUCGACUGCUGAGACACAAUGGCACUCUUCCCUAUUGGACCAAGCGCAGCCACAACCCCAAGUUAUCGACCUUGCAACUAUCCUGUUCCUCGAUCCCGAUCUGUUACGGCUUGGCCAAGUAGAGACUCUGCACGCUAUACCGGCCAUUCCGCAACACGUGCUGCAACUGCUAGGCAGCUUGGAUGAGAUCCGACUCACCGCAGACAAGUUCUUUGGGCACAUUCAUCAAUGGAUGCCUUUUAUCUCGAAGAAGCGGUUCUAUGACCUCUACAUACAACCUCCGUUCCACUCUCGACCUGAUGUAGCCUUGCUUUUACUAGCACUCAAGCUCAUCACCACGCUUCCACUUGCUGACUCGCCGAAUCCUCGCACCACUUUGUAUCACACAGUCAAGCAUUUCUACCUAGAGGUUGAAGGCUCGUUUUCUCUCCUAGUGCUGCAGGCAGGCAUCCUCGUGGCAUUAUACGAACUGGGGCACGGCAUCUAUCCAGCCUCCUUCUUGUCAAUCGGCCAAUGUGCGAGAUAUGCUCAUGCCUUGGGGCUCAACAUCGGCCACAUGGUGCCAGCUACAAAAGUGCUUACUCUGGUGGAAGUCGAAGAACGACGGAGAAUCUGGUGGGCCAUUGUCAUCUUAGACCGAUUCGUGAGCAUUGGGUGCCCGGGACGGCCGUUUGUCACUGCGCAUCCACGACUUGAUGAUCUGCUACCAGUCGAUGAUGCCGCAUUUGAUCUUGGCACGAUUGAGCUCGACGACUUCUCCACGCUCUCAUCUCCGAAAACAGGGCACAUGAGUAAAUUCUCUCUCCUAUGUCAGGCUGCUCACCUGCUGGGUCAAGUGCUUCAGCACAUCUCAAGGGAUUCUACAGAUCAAGAUAUCGCCUGGGUACAACUUGAUCGCACGCUACAGUCGAUGCUCGCUGCUGCACUGGAUGUCGAUCGCCCAGAUUAUGAUCAAAUUACAUUUAUCUACAGCGCCCUCGUUGCUUUGUAUACACCCUACCUACAAAUAUCCGCCAACACCAAAGAUUCCAACCGCGCCUACUCCCAGAGAGCCCGAGACGUUCUGCACCAGAUAAUAGGCCGAAUUAAUGCGAAUCUCGUCGAUCGCCAGUGCUUUUUGGGCCGCGACUCAGAAGAUGUGUCACCAUGGGGUCUAUAUUUUGCUUAUCGCGUUUGUGGAAUGCUCAUGCGUCCUGCUGAGAAAGCACCGCACGGAGCUGAGGUACUAAAGAGCCUGCGUGAAGCGUUCCAGACCAUCUCCGUACGAUGGCAUGUAGCGAGCGUUUACCUUGAGCUACUAGAGGCGCAAAAGGCCCUUCGCUUGGGAGCCUGA